AUGUGGUGUCCUGAUAACAGGGACAUCGGCAAUAACAAUGUCGUCAGAACGAGGAAUCCCAUUCAGACAGGCAUCUUGGGGACUCCUUCGUCCAAUUCGACAGACAGUCAAGACAGUUCGGUCACAGAUCCCAGAGUAUUUCGGCAGGGAAGCUCAGUUUGUAUUUUUGAGCUUUUCCCAGAAGAGUAUAUGAACUCUGUCAUUGUAAACCUGGAAGUGUUUGCAAGAAACUGUCCUGUUGGGAGCCCAGCGUCGUCAUCCAUCAUAGGACUCAAGUACGGCGCUCUUGAACGAGGCGUACUUCCAACAAAAAAAUCAGCGGCAGACAAGCAGAGGGAGGCUGGAGGGGCUGGCAACAGGUUCCAGCAUCAAGUGCAACUGCGAAUGCGUCAAGAGGGAGCAGAAAACAUCAGCGUGAAGUUUUUCAAGACUGGGAGGCUGCAAACGGCUGGAUGUAAGACUCGGGCUAUGUCUGUGGCAGCUGUUUUGGAUGUGGCAGAGGCCAUUGCCAUGAUGUCAAACAAAGACCCGCCGCUCUUGCUUGUGUCCAACUGUGAGCGUUCAGUUGCUCUUGAGUUGGCGCGACUGGCACCAACUAGUGUAAGGGUGGUAAAGGAAUGCAUCCUAGGGUCAUUCAAUAGUGGGUUCGGAGGGCAAUUUGGGAGCAUCAUCGACAUGAAUAGUCUUUUUGCGCUCUUGAAGACAGGAAUGUUUUCAGAUAUCAUCGAGAGGGUCAAGUUCAACGAUGAACCGGGCAGUCAUGAGGCCAAGUUCAAGCAGCUUGGCUUGUACUUGAAGCGUGCUUGUCUGAGAAAUGCAGACUCAGACGUCUUUGUAAACAUAUUUUCUUCUGGAAAGUGUACAAUUACAGCUGCAACAACCAUGGAGCUUGCAAAUGAAGUGAUGAACAAAGUUUCAGAUAUUCUCUGCAACCAUUACGAUAAGAUUGUGUUUCGGCCCAAGAAGGAAAUGGAUCCUCUGUUUGCUCGAGCCAAAGGAAACUCAAAGUCAUCCCAUGAGGUGCACAAGUUGGAAAGUCAAGUCAUCCGUUUCUAUCGUUCGCGGAGCAUCAAGAUAUUCGUGUUCAAGAGCCCUCGAGCAGGAUUUCUCCUCAUCAAGUACAGACAACUUGGCAAUACAGCUGGCGUUGAGGAAUGUCAUCCAGGGAAGGUCGUUACCGAUGGGUGUCCCGUCGUUGUCCGUGCAGGGCGACAGCUGGGACAGCAACUUCCUACCCAACUUGCAACAGCCAUAUGCAAACAUGGUAGCGGGGAUGAAUGUUCGUCGCCCUCCCGUGCUGACGAGCAUGUCCAGUAUGGAGGCCUUGGGUUGCAAUACCCGCAACUCUCGAUGGACCCGAACCCUGGCAUGCAGGCGAUGCAGUCCCUCCUCCAUCCUCUCCCUCAGCGAGGUACCCCUGUCGGUAACCUCAUGGACGCUAUGAGGGCAGCCAACAUGCCCCGGAUGCCCUUCGUCCCUGCCAUGUCGUCCAUGGGGCUGAACCUGAUUACUGCCACGUCACAAGCUCAGACGUUGGGCAAUCAGGGCUGGUGCAUGGACGAUCGCUUCUCUGCUGGAUACUUGGGGUCGAUGGAAGAGCCGCUACCAGUCACGGGAAGGCGGCGGUUGCCAGACGAAGAUGUUACUUGGAACGAUGACACCUUCCUGAUAACUUCCUACUUUCCUCACACGUUUGUUGAAAAUUUGUCAAUUUUUGGUCUGUUGGGCCGGGGGGGGAUGGCGGGGAUGGCGGCGGCAGUGAAGGCAGCGAGGGUGGGGCGAACAGAGCGAGUGAGGGAGGCGAUCAUGGCAGGCGAGGCAACAGUGGACGACAUGGAUGCUAAGGGCGACUCGCUCCUACACCAUGCCGCCUCCCAAGGGCAUAAAGGCACCGUCAAGGAGCUGCUCCGACUGAGAGCAGACCCGCGGGCUGUGAACUUCGCGGGCAAGACAGCCUAUGAUGUGGCGCACGACUACAACUACUGGGAGCUCGGGGACUACCUCCGUAGCAAGGUCGGGCUGCCAGGCCUCGGACCUCGAGCAUGGAAGGGGGAGCCCGGACUGAAGUCGCUGGGGGAUAACCCCGACGACGCAUCCAUCGCUCAGUUCAUGGAGAAGAAGGAGAGAGAAGGGCUGCUGGCGAGGAACGUGGAGAUGUUGUCCUCCUUAGACUUCGACGUGCUCAACGAGGCUCUCGCGGCCGCACAAAAGCCAGGAUACCUGACAUCGGACGAGGGGAAGGAAGCUCUGGAGAAGUUACAAGAGGUCAGGAGGAAGUUUGGGGAUGUAGACCGAGUGAAGAUCUUGGAGGAGAGCCUGGAGGUUCUGUGGAGGCGAACUUCGGUGCUGAGGCCGUCAGAGGACGACUACUUCUUGCAAGCCAACUCGAAGUUCAGAGGCGACAAGAAGAACAUGAAGAGCAGGUUGCAGGAAGAGGUCGAGGAGCUCAAGGCUCGGUUAGAGUCUGCAGAUGUGGAGGACCUGCUAAGGGAGAACAAGAGACUGACGUCCGACCUCUCCUCCCUCCAGUCAAGGUGCGACGAGCUGCUGUCCGCGCUCGGAGCUGAGAAGAAGAAGCAUGACAACCUGGCCGGGGUCGUGAGGUCACAGGCAGAGGAGCUGAAGGAGAUGGAGCUGAAGGUGCGGAAAGCGAUCAACGCGCAAGAGGGAAGCAGAGAGCAGGAGGAGUUGGAGCUCAGCAGUGCGGACGUUGAGUCUCUCUUCGCCUCCUCCAUCACCAAGAAGGAGCUGGCGGAGCUGCACGGGAAGGCGCUGGAGCAUGGCGGGCUCGAGCCGAAGCAGAGCAUCCUCCGCUUCCUCUCGGAGCUCCUCGCGCUCUUUGACAAGAAGAUGGAGCAGCUGAAGGGUCAGCUGGAGUCUUCGGCGGGGAAACAGAGUGAGCUGAUCGCCAAGUUGGAUGACGUAUCGCAGCUCAACAUGCAGCGAGAGGCCCAGCAGAACGCCAAGAUCAGGCAGCUGGAGGCUCAGUUGGCGUCGCAACCGGUGUCGCAGCUGGGACCCUCCAGAUCUGAGCUCGAGAGCAUGCAGGAGGAGUACGAGAGUCAGCUGGACCAGCUGACGAAGGAGAAGGCGAAGAUGCUGUCUGACUUCGGGGUGGAGCUGAAGGAGGCAGUGGAGAAGGAGAGGGAGCGUGCUCGGGGCGAGCUGGAAGAUGCGAUGAAGGAGAUGGAGGAGGAGAGGAGGGUGCUAAAGCAGAAGUCUGCUGAACUCUCCUCAGUCAUUGAUGUCCUCCAGUCUGAGCUGCAGGAGGCCAACGAGAGGACGCGGACGGGGCAGCUGGAGCUCAAGAGCCUUGGGGAGAAACACCGCAGCCUGCUGGUGCAGUACCAGAAGUCCUCCUCCUCCUCCCUGUGGAAGGCGAUCGGAGAGUUCAGGUCAAACAUGCUGAAAGCGAGGAAGGAGAUGGCGGAGACAAAGUGGGCCCUGGAGGAAGGGAUGAAGCAGGUGCAGCAGGACUUCAAGAGGUUGUUCAACGAUUUCUCCCUCUUCGUCGACUUCCUCACUUCUCCCUCCUCCUCCUCCUCCUCCUCCUCCUCCUCCUCCUCAUCGACAUUACAGCUCUCCUCUCUCUCCAACAUGUCGCGUGCGGGCCUCGUCUCAGCUGUCCGCCACCUCCUCCUCAAGUACCACCAGACUGACCUCACCCGACGUCGCCUCAACUCGAAGCUGCAGGACAGCCAAGGGAACUUCCGCGUGCUCUUGCGCUGUGCUCCCCCUAGGGGAGAGGAGGGAGACUUGAAGGAGGACGCAAAGGUACUCGUGCAUGUCAAGAGCAGCAGCCUGGUGAGCACGUGGGACAAGCGCGGGCAGAAGAAUUUCUUCUUCGACGUCGCUCACGGCCCCAAGGCGACGCAGGAGGAGGUCUACGACAGCCUGCGUGACCUUCUUUCCUCCGUCAUUGACGGCACCAGCGUCUCCCUCCUCGCCUACGGCCUCCGGCAGAGCGGCAAGACGCACACGUUGUUCGGCACGCUGCGGCUGGACUCGAGGGCUCGAGGAGUGGCGGUGAGGUACAUGGAGGAGGCGAUGAAAGACAUGAAGGAACGCGCGUCCCUCCUGAAGUCCAAGAUGCUCCUCAGCGCCUUCGAGCUCCGGGAGGACAAGGUAGUCGAUCUCCUCCCUCCUCCUCCUCCUCAGGACCCUCCCGUUCCUCGCUCCGGCAGCCUCCUCGACGGCCUCUCCGAGCAUGCGGUCGACAGCGCCUCCAAGGCUGUUGCCGUGCUCAGUUUGGCUCUGGGGGCCUUGCGUGACAAGGGCGACAGGGGGGGCAGCAGCAGCUUCUCCUCUGUCUUUGUCCGCGUCACCAUCUCAUCCCAGGACAAGAUCUCCCGCAAAGUCACCAAAGGCUCGCUCUUGCUCGCCGACCUUGUCGGUUGUGAUGUCGGAGGAGGACAGGAAACUUCUGCGGACAAGAAAUUGAUCAAGUCAGCACAGAAAUCUAUCACGUGCUUAGAGGAGGUACUGGAUGCUCUUGCCAACAAGACGUCUAACACGCAUGUUCCCUUCCGCUCGCAUGCUCUUACCAAGGUCAAGUCCAAGGAAGUCAAGCAGGACCCCUCGCGACCAUCCGCAGCGAGCAGAGUAGCGAUGAUUGUCACGCUUCCUUCAACCACGACUUCCGCUGCCUUUCGUCCUCUGCGAGUUUCUCAGCUCUGCCGCUCCAUCUCGAGCCCCCAACUGAGCUACCAGCUGGACUUUGAACCUGAAAAAGAGUCACAACACAGCAGUGUCGCCCAGCAGAGCUCGCCAGCCACUCCCGCUGCGGAGGAUUCAGGGAAGGAGAAGGAGGAGCGCGAGGAAACGAGGGAAGCGAAGGGGACGAAGAUCGAGCAGGGGUUUGAGAAGAAAGAGAAGGCUUGGGAAGAAGAUCGGGGGGGGGCAGGAGGAGGAGGGAGUGCGGAGCUGCAGGAGCUCAGGGAAGAGCAGGCAAGGUGGUCAGAUUUUUCGCAGAAGCUGAGAAAGCUGCUGGGGCUGGGGGAGGGUCGAGGAAGUUCGCAGGGGCUGCUGCUGGUGGUGAGGAAGGAGCUUGAGGGGAGGGACGUCAAGAUCCGGCAACAAGAGGAAAUUAUCCAGAGACUGGAAGCACGAGGGGAAGAGGAGAAGCUGGAGAGAAGAAGGAAGGGAGACGACGAGGACGGGGACGAGGACGGGGACGAGGACGGGGACGAGGACGGGGACGAGGACGGGGACGAGGACGAGGACGGGGACGAGGACGGGGACGGGGACGAGGACGGGGACAGGAAGGAUCAGCGGCAAGAUCGCUUCCUUGGAGUCGCGAGCGAAGCCGACAGCAUGGGAUGUGCAGCGGGAGAACAGAGACACGAGAGGGGAGGAGAGGCCCAGGUCUUCGUCGCUUCCUCCUCUCGUCGCCAGCAUACUGAGGCGAGACCGUCGACCUCCUCCAGCUGUGCUCCAGGCGGACGUCGCUGA